AUGGAUACCAGCAUACCAAAUGAGGAGCUCUAUCCAAUUGCGGUUCUUAUCGAUGAGCUGAAGCACGAAGAUGUCACACUCCGACUGAACGCGAUCCAUCGAUUGUCUACGAUCGCGCUUGCUCUCGGCCCUGAGCGCACGAGAACGGAAUUGAUCCCUUUCCUCGAAGACUCCAUUGAUGACGAAGACGAAGUCCUGACAGUUCUUGCGGAGGAACUCGGAAAAUUUGUGCCUUAUGUUGGCGGAGAAACAUUCGCUGGGGUCGAGGAGCUGCUCGUUCGCGAGAAGGCUGUCGAAUCAUUGAACACUGUCUGCGCGGAGAUGUCGCAGGAGCAGGCUGAGGAACACUUUAUGCCUCUGAUCAGACGCUUGACUACGGCAGAGUGGUUCACCAACAAGGUGUCUGUUACUGGAUUGUAUGCUGUCGUCUACGAGAAAGUUGGCGAGGAGAAGAAAGCAGAGUUGAGACAACUCUACGGUCAGCUGGUUUAUGACGAUGCGCCGAUGGUGCGUCGCGCAGCUGCCACUCAUCUCACUGGUCUUGUUCCUCACAUUGAGCGCGAAGUUGUCGUCACUGAGAUUGUUCCUCUGUUUAUGUUCUUGGCACAGGACGAUCAGGAUUCCGUCAGACUUCUCACAGUUGAUAUAUUGAUCGCCAUUGCUGGCGUCUUGGGUGCUGAGAGGGUACGGGAGCAGCUCUUUGGACAGCUUAAGAAGUUGUUUUCCGACAAGAGCUGGCGUGUUCGGUACAUGGUUGCUGAUCAUUUCGAGGCUCUUGCUGUUGCGGUUGCUGCUGGGGACGAGGCCGUGUUGAUGGAGGGAUUUGUUCCGGCACUGGUCAAGCUGCUCAAAGAUAGCGAGGCCGAGGUUCGAACGGUUAUUGCAAAGCAGAUUCCUGGGUUUUGCCAGCUCAUUGAUGCUGAGACAGUCAUCCAAGAGAUUAUGCCUGGUGUUGAGGAGCUUGUGAAUGAUCAGUCACAGCACGUUCGCGCUGCGCUUGCUACCAAGAUCAGUGGAUUGGCGCCAAUUCUAGGGAAGGAGGAGACUAUCAACUAUUUACUGCCAAUGUUCCUACUAAUGCUGAAAGAUGAGUUCCCGGAGGUGCGAUUGAAUAUUAUUUGCAAGCUUGAGCAGGUGAACCAGGUUAUUGGUAUCGAUUUGCUGUCUCAGAGCUUGCUUCCAGCAAUUACUCAGCUCGCGCAAGAUAAGCAGUGGCGAGUCAGAUUGGCAAUCAUCGAAUAUAUUCCUCUGCUUGCAUCGCAACUAGGAGUUGAGUUCUUCGACACAAAGUUGCGAGAUCUGUGCAUGGAGUGGCUUCGUGAUAGUGUCUACUCGAUUCGUGAGGCAGCAUCUGAGAAUCUUCGGAAUCUGACCAAGGUCUUUGGAGUCGAGUGGGCACAGGCCACGAUUAUACCAAAGGUCAUGGAGGCUGGGGAGAAUCCAAAUUACCUCUACCGCAUGACCAGCAUUGCGGCAGCCACUACACUCGCGGGGGAAGUGACAGUCGACGUGAUCAAGAACAGCAUCGUGCCGUUCUUGGAUGGCAUGGUGAACGAUCCUAUUCCAAACAUCAGGUUCACUGUCGCGCGGUCUUACGAGAGCGUGACGCUGCUCGCGAAAGAAAAGGCUGCGGAUGAUGAGGAGCGAGGCGCUGUGGCCACCAUGAUUGAAGAGGUCGUUAAGCCGAGCUUGGAGAAACUGAAGACUGACGAGGACGUGGACGUGCGAUUUUACGCAGACAAGAGCCUGAAGGCGAUUGGCUAG